GUGCAUAAGUGAAGGCAAAUGUUUCUGUGAUUAUUUAGUGCAAGAUGGAAUUAUGUUUAAGAGUUGCUGCUGCAUUCUGAUCUGAUCUGAUCAGAGAAUUCCCUUCUUACAAAGUCUGAGUUUGAUUCUGACAUUUUAGUUUGAAGUCCUGGAACUUAGAAUGUUCAUAUCCCCUCUGCUUUAAUUCCUUGUUAAAAGCUGCUUUAACUCACUCUUGUGGUCAAACUCGUGAUGUUUUUUUAAAUUAUUUUUAAGAGAGACUAGCUGCUUGUUUGGCCUUGUUUUCCAUGAGUCUGGUCUCGCGAGAUCUGGCAACACAGACCAGUAGUGACCAGGGAUUCCGUCGCUGUUUUACCUUUUAUUUUUGUAGUAACUGGGUUAAUUUAGUGGAACAAAAAGUGACUGGCCACUAAGAGGCUGCUCAACAAGAUGCUUGGUCAGAAAAAGACCCGUUCCCUGUCGAAAAAGCGGAUUUACAAGGAGUUAAAUGAGACCGAGGAUGACAAUAACGGCCCGAAGAAGCUGAAAUCGUCAGCGGGGGAUUCAGGAACUUCCAGCCAGCCUGCAGCGCCUCUGUCCGCGGAGCAGCUCGACCAGAUCUCCCGCAACAAGAAAGCGGCGCUGGAGAAACUCGCUUCCGCUCAGACACCGCGAGGUUUCGGGGAGAGUUGGAGGAAAGGAUUGUGUGCAGAAUUUGGAAAGCCCUACUUCAAAAAAUUGAUGGCAUUUGUGUCUGACGAGAGGAAAAGCCACACAGUCUAUCCACCUGCUGACGACGUCUUUACCUGGACACAAAUGUGUGACAUUAAAGAUGUCAAAGUGGUGAUUCUUGGCCAGGAUCCAUAUCAUGGUCCGAAUCAAGCUCACGGUUUGUGCUUCAGUGUUAAAAGACCAGUGCCUCCUCCUCCCAGUUUGGAGAAUAUGUACAAAGAGCUGGUUACAGACAUCGAAGGCUUCCAGCACCCUGGACAUGGAGAUCUGACUGAGUGGGCCAAACAAGGUGUGUUGCUGCUCAACGCUGUGUUGACCGUCAGAGCGCACCAGGCCAACUCCCACAAAAACAACGGCUGGGAGACGUUCACCGACGCUGUGGUGCAGUGGCUCAGCAACAACCAGGAGGGUCUGGUCUUCAUGCUGUGGGGUGCUUAUGCUCAAAAGAAAGGCGCCACGAUUAACAGGAAACGCCACCAUGUGCUUCAGGCUGUGCAUCCCUCUCCCUUGUCUGCUCACCGUGGAUUCUUUGGGUGCAGGCAUUUCUCAAAGGCCAACGAGCUGCUUGAGGAAUCUGGAAAGUCUCCCAUAGACUGGAAGGCACUUUAAGUUACAAUGAAUAUCAGGUUCUCUAACAUGUAGGAUAAUCAACUACUGAACCAAAACCCACUAACAACCAGCUCAUUAUGUUGUAAAUAUGUUAAUGUUUGUUUAAGCCCCUAAGCUUGGCCAUUAAAGUUUGUUUAUUUGUUUUUACUGACGUGUCAGAUCCAUUGAGUUGGAAGUUGUGUUGAAAACGUCUCUGGAGUUUCUCAUUGCACUAAAAUCUAGCAUUUCCUGCAGAAUGUUCCUGCCAAAACCAUUAAACUAUCAUGUUUGAGUUUAAA